UGGAGGAUAAUUGCACCAGUGACUGACGACACUAAUAGAAGUAACACAUUCACUUGACAACACGCGAGAAGUGUCUAUCCUCCAUGUCGAGACUUCUUUCCCCCUGACCUUCCCUCCACCCAGUUCGUUCCUUCCAUCCCGGUUCAAUUUUCACUCCUAGCAAAAGCUUCAUUCAAAGCUUCAUCUUUGCUUUUCGCUAUCACACAUAGUCCUCACAAGUCAAAGUCUCCGUCAAGCCUCUGGGAUUGAGACAGUCAUAAUCAGUUCUUCGAAACCUUUCGCUCCAUCACUGAAUCCCCACAAAACUCCCUCGUUGGUUAGAGCGAUGACGACCAGGUCGGGCCUAGAAGGCUUUUGCGACGUAUGCGGUCACGCGAACGACCACCACCAGACUUCACGUUGCCCAGCACAAAAGUGCAAGAACUACUGGAAGGAAUGCACUGUCGGGUGCUUCCCGUCUGGCCAGUAUAACAGAAUGUGUUAUGGCUGUGUUGACCAUCCAGCGGUCAAAGAGUCCCCAGGGUUGUUCAACUGGACAAACAAACGUGACGUGUCCAAGAAACAGCGUGAAGAAGUCGCAAGAACCGGAAGAACAGGCGGCGACUCUCCCUCUGGCAAGACCAAGGAGGAAGAAGUGAGACGCGAGCUGGAAAAGGCGAGAAAGGACGGGGAAUAGGAAAACAUCUGGCCGCGGUAAGGGUGUAAUGGCUGGAGGAUAGGAAAAACAUGGUUCCCUCAUGGUGUUCAUCUUGCAGCUCAAAUGCUGGCAUUUGUUGCGUUGUGUUUCUCUUUUGUAUGGCGGAUGAAGGGGUGUGGAUUUCCUUUAUG